AUGCAUGUUCGCACCGAGGCUGUGACGGCUGAAGAGAAACAGGGCCGAAUCAUUAGCAUUUUGAAGGCAAAGUUUGCGCCGACAGACCUGCAAGUUGAGGAUAUCAGUGGCGGAUGCGGCGCCUUUUUUGCUAUCAUGCUCACUUCGCACGCAUUCCAAGGCAAGUCGACGAUCCAGGCUCAUCGUAUGGUGAAUAAGGAGAUCAAGGACGUGAUUGACGAUAUCCACGGCCUGCAGCUCAAAACGGCGGCGGCGCCAGAGUGA